AUGAGCCUCGAGAGCCUUGACGAGGAGAUCAAGGGCAAUAAUCUGCCCAAAACCAAUCCCCCUUUACCACCAACACUGUUAGAUGGACUAGCUGCUCGUGGCCCUAUCUUGCAAGUUAUGGUCAAGCGCAGGGUAGUUCAAAGUUAUCCCCUGCCAUGCAUUCAGCACUAG